AAGACCGGAACCCCGCGCGGCGCUGGCUACGCACUUCCGCCUGGCUUCGUGAACCCGGAAGUACAGGCCGGAAAGACACCGCUGCGUUUUACGAUAGCUUGCAGAUGUAGUAGGUAACAGCAUUCGCAAAUUAUUUAUUUAUUUUAUUUGAUUAAAUAAGCCGCUUGUCAUUAUAGGGAAACACAAUUAUAACGCACUUCUAACAGAUCGUUAUAAAGAGAUUCAUCGUCAGAGUAGUUAAAAUGUCAAGUUGUGUUGCUUUCCACACACAAGUAGCCUCCAUCAUGGAGGUGUUAGCUAACGCAGCAGUGGCAGAGAUCUGCAAGCUGGUGGACGACGGAUACGCGCUAUUACGCCUGGAAAUGUCCCAAAGCCAAAAGGAGAACGAGCAGCUGAGGAGGAAGUUGGAGAAUCUGGAGUUGCAAGUCGCGCGAGGUUGUGGUGCGCGGCGACCAGCCCAGCGAGAGAAGGGCAACUUUUUACCUGAAGAAAGUGUCUUCAGCAGUCACAUGGACCUCUGUCGAGAUACUUCAAUGCAGUCAGCUGUAGGAAGGGAUGUGCCAGCAGACUCUGUUGAGGUUAUUCCUGAGCCUGGCCUGAUUAAAGAGGAGACCUCUGAAGAAGACUUUGGAAGCCACAGUCCAAAGGAGGACAUGGCGAUCACGGCAGAGCAAUGCUUGGAUUUGGGAGCUGAUGCUGGAGAAAGGAGCGAAGAGACUUCGCCCAGUAAAAGCACAGAGGAGCUUGCCGAUGAGCACAGGAGCAGUCACGGUGCUUGGGAGCUGCCUAACAUGGAGGAGAGAAGAGCAGCAUCCACUCUUAUCAAAGAGGAGAGGCUCGAUGGGGCUCCUGGAGGAAGUUCUCCAGCAGAAAUGCUGAGGAUGGAUGAAGGAAGAGAAAUGGAUUUCACCAUAAGCUGUGCUGAGAGAUCAGCAGGGAAGCCGUCGGUAGUGCCUGGGAAGGGCCCGGCGGAAAGCAGUGAGCCAGAGGGGCCAGAAUGCGAUGCGUGGGACCCGCACACAUGGGAUGGUGCCCCACAGGCCCAGGCAGAGCGGGGGAGGCUGGCACAGGGCCGAGCCGUGAUGCAGGGUCAACUGCUCCCUGAUCACCACCUGUUCAACGUGUCUGGACAUCAAAGACUUGAUGAUGCGGCGGAGCCAAUGCAAGCAGGAAGCUCGGAUCAGCAACUUGUUCCUGCCACUGAGGAGCUUGCUAGCCUGGGCCUAUCCUCGAGGCCCUGCAGCUGGAGAGCAGACAUGCUACUGCUGCAUGCUGAUCAGAGACCUCCCCGCAUGCAGCAUGCAGCUAAAGGCAUUGCAGACGAGGCAGAGUCCAAAACCCCAAACUCUGACGAGUGUAUGACUUCGGUGACAGACUGUCUCCCUCACCACAGGGAUAAGACUCAUUGCAGGGUGACGACAAAAGAGAAACGCUUCUUUUGUGCGUUUUGCGGGAAGGGAUUCAAUUUCCCAAAACAAGUUGAAAUACACCAGAGAGUCCAUACAGGUGAGAAACCGUUCAGCUGCACUCAGUGUCGAAAGCAGUUUUCUCAUUCUGGUAACCUUAAACGCCAUCAGCGAGUCCACACAGGGGAGAAGCCCUUCAGCUGCACGCAAUGUGACAAGCGAUUCUCGCACCUGCACCAGCUGAAGAUGCACCAGCGGGUUCACAGUGGAGAGAGACCCUUUAGCUGUACGUACUGUGGCAAACGAUACGCUGAGAGAAGUUACCUAAGAAUCCACCAGCAGAGGAACCACAUGGCCAUAUUUGGUACAAGCGUUUCUGGAACAUUUGAAAAUGUAGGUCGGCACAUUGUUCCGAACUCCACCCCUGCCAUUAUGUCUUGGAGAACCUGGAACCCCUUCCCAGAAAUAUAGGGCACAUGGUUUUGUUAUGUUCAUGGACGUAAC